UUUCUCUGAGCGCUGGAUCAAACUCGACCAAUGAAAAAAAGCACUGCAGAAUGUAGGCGGGGAAUCUUAAACAGCUGGUGGAUUGUGUGUGUGGAGCUGGAAACAAUAAUACAAAGCAGACACCAUGAGGAACGCGAUUGUUCUUAUUUGGGGGAGUUUAUUGAUAAAACAGGUACUGGGGGAAUUUGGCAUGGCACAUUUCAGCAACAAGGGUAAGGGCAAGGGCAAAGAUUACUGCAUUUACUUCAAUUCCCAGUGGGCACGACUACCUCAGGACCUUAACAAAGCGUCUCGGCUCCAGGUGCACGACCUGACGGGCUCCGUGCUGUGCUCGUCCUCCGAGGUGCCCGAGGGGGGCUUCACCAACCGCAUCCCCAUGGUGCUGAGGGGCAACUGCACCUUCUACGAGAAGGUCCGGCUGGCGCAGAUCAACGGCGCCAGGGGCCUGCUGAUCGUCAGCAAAGACAGGCUGACCCCGCCUGCAGGAAACAAGACUCAGUAUGAAGAGAUUGACAUUCCUGUGGCCCUCCUCAGCUACACAGACAUGCUGGACAUCAGCAAGACCUUUGGGAUGGGGGGAGAUGUAGCCAUGUAUGCCCCAAAGGAGCCGGUCUUGGACUACAACAUGGUGAUCAUCUUCAUAAUGGCUGUGGGUACAGUGGCCAUUGGUGGCUAUUGGGCUGGCAGCCGGGACAUCAAAAAGAGGUACAUGAAGCACAAGAGAGACGACAGCACCGAGAAGCAGGACGAGGAGACGGUGGACGUCACGCCCAUCAUGAUCUGCGUGUUCGUGGUCAUGUGCUGCUCCAUGCUGGUGCUGCUCUACUUUUUCUAUGAUCGCCUAGUGUACAUGAUCAUUGGGAUAUUCUGCCUGGCGGCCUCCAUUGGGCUCUAUAGCUGCCUGUGUCCUUUCGUGCGGUCCAUCCCCUUCGGGAAGUGCAGGAUACCUGAGAACAACCUGCCGUACUGUCACAAGCGGCCCCAGGUGCGCAUGCUGAUGCUGUCCGUCUUCUGCGUGGGGGUCAGCGUCACCUGGGGAGUGUUCCGGAACGAGGACCAGUGGGCGUGGGUCCUCCAGGACGGUUUGGGAAUCGCUUUCUGUCUCUACAUGCUCAAAACUAUCAGACUCCCGACUUUCAAGGCCUGCACCCUGCUCUUGGUUGUGCUGUUCGUCUAUGACGUUUUCUUCGUGUUCGUAACGCCGCACCUCACAAGCCAUGGAGAGAGUAUUAUGGUCCAGGUAGCAGCUGGUCCUCCAGAUUCCACUACUCAAGAAAAACUUCCAAUGGUGCUGAAAGUGCCCAGACUGAACUCCUCCCCCAUGGCGCUGUGUGAUCGCCCCUUCUCUCUCCUGGGGUUUGGGGAUAUCUUAGUGCCAGGCCUACUGGUGGCCUACUGUCACAGGUUCGACAUUGUAAUGCACUCCUCGCGGAUCUAUUUUGUGGCCUGCACUAUAGCGUACGGAAUCGGCCUGCUCAUCACUUUUGUAGCGCUGGCGCUAAUGCAGAUAGGCCAGCCCGCCCUGCUCUACCUGGUGCCUUGCACUCUCCUCACUAGCCUGGCGAUGGCACUGUGGCGCAAGGAAUUGCCCAUGUUCUGGACAGGAAGUGGCUUUGUGAAGGAUGUGCCCCAGCCCCCGGUCAUGACAUCCAUCAAGAGCAGCUCACUGAAGCACUCCACUGGGCAGCGAAUGAUCGACUGUGCUCAAAGCCCAGAGCAGCCUGAUGAACAGCCAGGGAUCAGCUGCACUCAAGCCCCAGAGCAGCCUUUUGAACAACCAGAGAUAAGCUGCACUCAAGUCCCAGAGCAGCCUUUUGAAAGGCCAGAGAUCAGCUGCACUCAAGCCCCAGAGCCGCCUUUUGAAAAGCCAGAGAUCAGCUGCAGUCAAGCCCCAGAGCAGCCUUUUGAAAAGCCAGAGAUCAGCUGCACUCAAGCCCCAGAGCAGCCUUUUGAAAGGCCAGAGAUAAGCUGCACUCAAGCCCCAGAGCAGCCUUUUGAAAAGCCAGAGAUCAGCUGCACUCAAGCCCCAGAGCAGCCUUUUGAAAAGCCAGAGAUCAGCUGCACUCAAAGCCCAGAGCAGCCCACCAAUCCUGAGCCACAGGGAGCAGAGGCUACCAAUCAGAGCGAGGUCCCUCCUCAGCCACAGGUGGAGGCCACGCCCAAAGAAAAAGCCAGCCAACCUGAAUAAGGACAGCACUUCAGAAUGCUAAUUUCUCAUUCAUUCCAUUUAAAAUUUUUUAAAUUUUAUUUAUUGUUUGUGUACACACUGGAGAUCAGUUGUACAACAGAGAGGGCAUCAGUGGACUCCAGGUCAUGAAGAUGGCGUACUUGACUUGACCACACCUUCGCACAGACCAAGCACAGCGUCCACCAUGCUUGCACGGCUUUUGGGCUUUUUGUCUUUGCAUGUUUCCUGUCACUGCCGGAGGAGGAAGAGUGCGGCGGCGCUGUCUGUCCUCACGCUUUCCUCACUCACCCUCCUCAUCCUCCCCCUCAUCUGCUUCCUCUCACGGGUCCCAUGUGUACUUGUGGCUUAGCAAUAAUCCCAGUGAAGCCGUGCACAGCACACGAAAAGGCUUCUCACUCACAAAUACCCUUUAACCUGCCAACGUGGGACGGUUCCACUCGCACUUGCCCUUCUACCAAAACUGCGCGACGUCAUUUUAGAAACGUCCACUGCAUUUGCUUUAAGCACAAACGAUCACUUCAGGGUUCAUUCGUGUCAGAAAAGCACGUAUAUGUAGGUAAGCUGUCAGACCUUUUAAAAAAAACAUGUGGUGCUGUUUUGCAUUAGGAAUCUGUGCGAACCAAAGGUACCAGAGUAUUAAGUGUUUAGGAAUUUUCCUGCCUGGCUUACAUUUGAAAUCUGAUCUCUAUUAAGCUUGCAUGUUAAAGGUUAUAAUAAUAAAUAGGUACUGUAUGUUUACGGAGGUGUGACAGUUAAAACCCCGUUUCCAUGGCAACACAGAGAAGGAUGCCAGCGGAUUUGAUGAUGAGCUUUUAUCUGGCCGUAUUCAUGUGCGCAGUGAGACUGAAUGUGUGUUAGCAUUUUCAGUUCCAGUAUCUCAGCACUUUAUGUAUGAUGUGCUUAGGUGUUCUGUUCGUGUGAAAUUUAAAAUGGUAUUUUUUAACUCGGGAGACAGUGAUUACCUGCUGGCCAUGGGAUUGCAAAUUGCUGUUAAUGAGCCAAGUAGUUUUCUUGGAAGGUCAGCAGAGAUCAGUCUCUGAAAUCUUGCCAUUGUAAAAAUAUAGCUUGUUCAUUUGUCUUGACACCAUAGUUUGUUACAGUUCUACUUGAACAUUGUACUUUGUCUGUUACACGUAAUGGAAAAAUACUUGUUUGCACUUAGAAUGUCUUUGAACACCCUUUAAAUCGCUGUGAUUUUUCCAUUGACCAUGCUGAUAUGAAAACCAUUUUACACAUUUUGGCUCAGAGGACAGAGAGGAACAGACACAUCAAAAUGGAUACUUUUCCAUACGUUUAAUGGCCUUUAACCUUUAAGUAUGGUAUUUAUUAUACAGGAUGAGCAGAGAUGGAUUUCUCCUAUUCAUGGUAAUGCUUCGAAAAGAAAAUUAAUAGUUCAGACACUAGAUGGCAGUAUUUCUCCAUUGCAUCGUUACGUGACAGUAACCAGCAAUAGUGAUUGUUUCAAGCAACCAGUGAAGCUGAAUUGCAGUGGCAUGUCUUUCUUUUUUUGGUAGAAUUAAUAUGGGAAAAGAGGCGUCUUACAUGUUUCCCAUAGUUCCAAGAUUGGCCGAAAGUUGGUGUUUCUGGCUGAGUGGCCACAUUUAGCAGCUAGCAUAAGGGGAGCCUUCAUUGAUAAUUGUAUUUAGAAAUUCACUGAUAACAUUGACUGGCGAAAGCCUGUUUUUUUUAUU